AUGCUUGCAGUUACCAGCUGGUCCGUGCCAGAGCCUUACACACACCAUGGUGACAGACAGUGGGACAGACACAUAUUAAAGUGGUCAGUGGUCAGUUUCAGACACCAUGUUCCAAACUGUCCCUUUCUCCGAGGCUCAGGCGCAUUUCCCCGGUCAGCCGUACUCCGUGUCCGUCCUUAAAGUCGGCUACUGUCUCCCUCAAACUGAUGGGACGUUCAGGGCCGACGGAACUAUCACCCUGAUAACGGGACCCAAGACUAUUCUGGUGGACACCGGUGGUCCAUGGGACCGGGAGUUUCUCCUAACCAUACUGAAAGAGAAAGGUCUGGAACCUGGGGACGUUGACGUGGUCGUGGGGACUCACGGACAUUCAGACCACGUGGGAAAUCUCAGCGUUUUCCCGGCGGCAGUGAUGAUAGUAGGGUAUGACGUCAGUGAUGGAGACAGGUACCGCCCCAACCAGCUAGCAGAGGGAAAGGAGUACUCUAUUGAUGAGCAGGUGUGUGUAGUUCCCAGUCCAGGCCACACAGAGCAGCACGUCAGCGUCCAGGUGACGGGAACCUCGGUGGGCACAGUGCUGGUUGCAGGGGACUUAUUUGAGUGCUGCUCAGACGAGGACAGCUGGCGGGACCUGAGCGUGAACUUUGCAGUGCAGGAGGUCAGUCGGCAGAAGGCGCUACAAACCGCUGAUGUCAUUAUACCCGGACAUGGACUCCCUUUUAGAGUCCUGAGGAACUGAGGAGUCAACCCUGGUGCUCCAGAGACCUUUCUCACAGCGGACAUUUUGACUUUUCAUAGAGGAAAACACAAUCCUCUUUUCUGAAGCAAAGGAGAUCAUGACGUCUGAACAUUUUAAGUGACUUACCAUUCGUCCCUUCAUGGAAAAAUUGAUUUAUACUUUGACAAAAAAUAUGUUUUACUAUAAAUAUAUUUAUUGGAUGCCUGCAACUUUCUCUUUAACCAAAAAAGGGAUAAUACCAAAUAAAUAAAUAUGUUACUACUGUCUUUAAC